AUGACUAGUACAUUACACACGACAAAGAAAGUGCUCUCCAUUCAAUCGCACGUUAUACAUGGUUACGUGGGGAAUAAGGCCGCUACAUUCCCACUUCAGUACAGAGGGUGGGACGUGGAUGUACUGAACACAGUUCAAUUUUCCAAUCAUCCAGGAUACGCUCACUUCACGGGAUUCAAGUUCAGCACCGAGGAGCUGGUGGACAUCGUAGAAAAAGGGUUGGUCGGGGCCCUUGGCAUCAAGUAUGAUGCCGUACUCAGUGGCUAUUUGCCCAAUGUACAAGCGCUUCAGAAAGUAGCAGGAAUAGUAGGACAGUUGUGUGAGGACGAUGAAAACGUAAAGUGGGUAUUAGACCCUGUGCUGGGUGACAACGGCAGGCUGUACGUGGAUGAAAAAUGUGUUGCAGUGUACAGAAACAUCCUACAAAACUUCAGAAUUUUUCUGGCCACACCGAACCAGUUUGAAAUGGAGUUACUUGUGGGAAUGUCAAUCCAUACUUUAGACGAUGCUAAGCGCGCGUUUGAGCUCUUCCAUGAAAAGUACCCUCGAGUGGCUCGGGUAGUUGUCACUAGCUUAGAACUGUCUGAGUUCAGCAACGAUAACGUGUACGUGGUAGCAGGGUUUGAUUCCUCUCUCAGUAACGAGAUAUUCUUUUACAAAAUUCCCAAGAUCAACGCAACAUUUAGUGGAAGUGGUGACCUAAUCAGCGCUAUGCUCACAGACUCAUUACUAAACGAUCACGGCCACACACAGCAAACAUUAAGUACAUCCUUGGGCCAAGUCUUGUGGCUCGUCACUAGUAUCCUACAAAGGACGUACGAUUUAAACGUAGCUGGUCAGGAUCCGCAUGACUCCGCUAUAAGAAUCAAAGAUUUGAAGCUGAUCCAGUGCAGAGACAUCUUGAAGCAAGAUCCCGUACCCACGAUAGGCAAGCCGGAAACCAUUAAGUUGUAA